UCGCAGACUGCUGAUUUCACCGGCUCACUGAACUCUGCGCGUAGUUUUCUUGACUGUCUCCUCUAUCCCACUUCUCCAUUGGAUUACACACCAACCUUCAUUUUGUCAGGAAUAUCUCUCCCCUCUCCUUUUUGUGAUCAUCCAUCAUGAAGACCAUCCAGUCGCAUCAGGACGUCGUCGUCCCGCAAGAUGUUGAAGUGAGCGUGUCCAAACGCACCGUCACCGUCAAGGGCAAACGCGGCACCCUCGUGCGCAACUUCGGCCACAUCCAGGUGGACAUGUACAAGGUGGGCAAGAAGCGGGUGCGGGUGGAGAAGUGGUUCGGGGUGCGCAAGCAGCUCGCCGCCGUCCGCACCGUGUGCUCGCACAUCGAGAACAUGAUCAAGGGAGUGACGCUGGGUUAUCGGUACAAAAUGCGCGCGGUGUACGCGCAUUUCCCCAUCAACUGCACGGCCAUCCAGAAGAACUCCAUGGUGGAGAUCCGCAAUUUUCUGGGCGAGAAGAUCGUCCGGACGGUGGCCAUGGCCGACGGUGUGACCUGCGUCAACUCCCCCGAUCAGAAGGAUGAGUUGAUCAUUGAUGGCAUCGAUUUGGAGCUCGUUUCACAGUCAGCUGCCCGCAUCCAGCAGUCGACCACCGUGAAGAACAAAGACAUCCGCAAAUUCUUAGACGGAAUCUACGUUUCCGAACGCGGCAACAUCCAGGCCGAAUAAAAUCUGAUCACGCUGCUGUUUUAAAUUUUGUGUCUAAUCAGUGUCAGAGAAUAAAAUCAAUAAAAAUCAUCAGAACGUG